AACCGCGCAUGCGCGAAAGUGUGUCAAUUCCGACCAUUCGGAGAGCAUAUCACACUUGCCUGUUACUCUCAGUUGAGGAGUUAAAAUCAGCGCUAGUGUUGGGUGAGCAGCGAUAUACAGAGAUCCUGAACGCACGUGCGACGGAAAUCAUGCUGAAAUCUGUGUCUCCCCAACUGUCUCCAAAGAGUAACUCGGAGAUCCGGGUUGUGCAUCUCAGUGUCGAACAGGAGCAAGUGUUAGAGGCACAAUUUGGGCGUGUCAAGAAUCCACACAGCACAGACUUGGUUCUGCUAGCAGCUGAAACAGGCCUGCAGGAAACAGAUGUGCAGGCAUGGUAUGCCCAACGCCUUGCAGCAUGGAGGAAGGAACAGGGACUAUCAACAAACUUUGGGACUUUCAACUAGAGACCAUUUACACAGACAUAAAAAAAAAAAAACAAGAAGGCAUCCGGAA